AUGUCAUCUGUCGUGGUUAAGAAGUACAAUAUAGCUUUAAGACGUAGUCCAAUUUUGACGAAAUGCAUAACGGGUGCAGUGUUAAGCGCUCUCAGUGAAUUGGUAAGCCAAUGGGUUAGUUUGUCUGCUGAGGAAAAAGAGAAGAAGCUAAAUUGGGUUAAAAUAGGAUUGAUGAGUCUCUACGGCGGUCUGUUAAAUUCUCCAGUGAAUCAUUUUAGUUACAAAUGGAUAACGAAUUUCACUAGCAGAAAAGUCGCUGUUAAAUGGCGUGCUGUUGUCCAAUUGGCUUGCUCCCUAGGUAUUGUGUCGCCAAUCCAGGUUUUCGGGUUAUUGUGCACAUUGACUUCCAUUAACGUAGGGAAAAUUGACAAAAAGGUGCUAGUAAAUGCAAUCAAGAGCAGAUAUCUACCCAUGCUAUCAUCAAGUCUAGCUACAUCGACAAUUAUCUUGUCUAUUGCACAGAAAUUCUUGGCGCCCGAAAAAUGGUCCGUAUUUUUCAGUUUGGCUUAUGCAAUUUUGGGCACUGGUCAGAACGUUUAUUUGAAGUUUCAGAAAUGA